UCUCGUAAAUCUAAAUUUACAGUUCUCAGACAUUGACCAUAGAGUGAAUCAAAUCCUCACGCUACUCUAUAUGUUACUACUAUUAUCACUGUUUUUUUGUGUGGAAAACAAUCACGAUCAAAUUAAUCUUCGUUUAUCCCAUAAACAUAUAGAUUACUUUAGAAAAACGCCAUAUGCAAAUGUGUAUCACCUAAUACUUGGGGACCUUUCGUAAUAAUUCACAUAUACAUACAACAGUUUCCUAUCAUUAUUUUCAUUUACUACUCUCUAUUCAUUCAAUCUCACAUGACGAACUACGGCGCUAUUCCGACGUCGUCCGAUGGAUCUCCGGUGGUGGAUCUUGAGUCUAUCUCACGUGCCAAGCACCGUAUCGUAGCCGGACUAGCCACGCGCCGUCCUUGGAAAGUGAUGUUCGAUUUCCACUCCAUGGGGAUACCUCACGGCUUCUCCGAUGCUUUUUCAAGAACCAAGAAGAAUCUUGCUUACUUCCGUGUGAACUACGCUAUCGUAGUCUUGAUCGUUAUCUUCUUCAGUUUGAUCUGGCAUCCGAUCUCGCUCAUCGUCUUCACCGUCUUGGUGUUUGUUUGGAUCUUUCUUUACUUCCUCCGUGACGAACCUCUCAAAGUGUUCAGGUACCAGAUCAAUGAUCUGACGGUGCUGAUUGUUUUAGGGGUGGUAACUAUCGUCCUGCUUCUGUUGACCAACGCGACGUUGAAUAUUAUUGGUGCGGUGGUGACCGGAGCUGUGCUGGUUCUGAUCCAUGCGGUGGUUAGGAAGACUGAGGAUCUUUUCCUGGAUGAAGAGGCGGCGACGACUGAGACUUCAGGUCUGACGUCAUACCCGUCGUCUUAAAUCCAUUGAUCUCGAACUGUUAAUGUAUAUUAUCUUGUUUGUUCCUAGAAAAAUAUCAUUUCAUGCGUAAUCAAUUUUAUUGGUGUAUGUUUGGUUUGAGACUCUCUCUUUUGCUUUUGAUUUUUUCAGAUUUGUUUCAAGUUUAAACAAUUCUAAAUUGUUACAAAAUAAUUAAUACAAUAAUCGUAAGGCUCAGGAUUCAGGAA